AUGCAGUUAUACCUGAGGCAGAUAUACAUCCCUCUGAUCCUGAUUAAAGAGAAGAAGACGUGGAGAGAAGCUCUGAGAUACUGCAGAGAGAAUCAUGUGGACCUGGUCUCUGUUCACACUGAGGAAAUUCAACGCUGGGUGGAGACUGUAGCAGGAAGUGCCUCCACCACUGAUAAUGUGUGGGUGGGUCUGCGUCACACCUGCUCUCUGAGCUUCUGGUUCUGGGUGAGUGGAAACUCCAUCUGCUACCAGAACUGGGCUGCAGGGAACGGGACGGGGGAAGAAGACUGUAGCGUAAUUGAAAGAUCAGGAGCGGUUCAGUCUGGAAGUAAGAAGUGGAUCAGUCUGCCUGAGACCCAGACCCUCAACUUCAUCUGCAGCAUCAUCUAG